CGUUUACCUUACGUGCGGUCGUAUCUCGAGCGUAUCCGAUGUUUCUCCGCGAGUGUCUCAGCCGAGGAUCUUCUUGGACGCGGGCUAUUGCAUCACACAGGACGUCUUACACCGCCAUCAGCCGCUGCACAACCAGCUGUUUCGCGAGCGAACGGAGGAGCACGACCAUUUGCGCUUUGUCCUCCGGACACGGGAAAUGCGGCGUGGCGGUCGUAAGGAUCUCGGGGAGCCGGUCUAUGGACGCACUGAGGAGGAUGACGAACACAUCGAAGCUGGAGCCGAGGAAAGCUUUCUUGCGGAAAAUACGCGACCCCGAGACGGGAGAAGUGAUCGACCAUGGGCUUUGCCUGUGGUUUCCCGGACCUCACUCGUUCACUGGCGAAGAUUCCGUGGAGUUCCACGUGCACGGUGGACCGGCGAUCCUCAGCCGCCUGAUGCAGACCUUGUCGAAGCUGCAGGUGUACCCAGCGCAGCCGGGUGAGUUCACCAGACGCGCCUUUUACAAUAACAAGCUGGACCUCACCGAAGUAGAGGGUCUGGCCGAUCUGAUAGAAGCGGAGACGGAAUGCCAAAGAAAACAAGCUCUGCUACAGGCGGACGGUUUGCUGCGCAAACUGUAUGAUAACUGGAGGAAGGUGCUGUCGGAGGGCGUGGCGAGUAUUGAGGCGUACAUCGAUUUCGGCGAGGACGACAACAUCGAGAGCGACGUGGUGGAGAGGACGCACGGUACGUUGAAGAAGCUCAUAAGCGACAUGGAGGAACACCUGGCCGAUGGCAGGAAAGGCGAGAUCCUGCGCAACGGAGUCAGGACCGUCAUUGUCGGUGAGCCCAAUGUCGGCAAGAGCAGUCUGCUGAAUCACUUGGUGCAACGAAACGCCGUGAUCGUUACACCCAUCGCCGGCACCACCAGGGACGUUAUCGAGCUGAGUGCGAACAUCUCCGGCUACCCAGUACUGAUAGCAGACACCGCCGGCAUCACGGACCACACGGACGACAUCGUCGAAGCGGAGGGCGUCCGUCGGGCGAGGAAGCACGUGGUGAACGCUGACUUUGUCGUCGUUGUCAUGGAUGCGUCCAAGGUUGCGGCAAGCAACGUGACUUAUGACGAUUACGUGCACGAGUACCUGUCGUCUUUGGGGAUACACGAACUGUUGACGAAGAUGGGAAAGCAACGCUUCGUCGUGAUUAUGAACAAGAGAGAUUUGCUGAGUGAGGAGGACGAGAGGCGGCUAAGCGAUACCGAAGGAGUCUUGAUAUCCUGCAAGACGGAAAGCGGUUUUCGGGAUUUACUGCGAUCGCUGACCGAUCGCUUCCGGAAUAUAUGCGGCAAUCCGUCCGCCGAGAGUCCGACCAUCAGUCAGGCAAGACACAGGAAUCAUUUGACGCAGUGCCUGAGACAUCUGCAGAAUUAUUUGGAGCUGUGCACGAACGAGCGGCACGAUGUGGCGAUCGCGGCGGAGGAGAUUCACAAGGCGAUGAGAGAGCUCGGGAGGAUAACGGGACACGUGAGCACCGAUGAGAUACUAGACAUUAUAUUUAAAAAUUUUUGUAUCGGUAAAUAAAGGGCCGUCGCUUGUAUACAACAAGAUACCGUUUAUAACUUCUUUAC